GCACCGCUCUUUCGGAACCUGAUGAAGUGACCCCUCUUCUUCUCCUCGGAUACAGCGCCGCGACCUUCUGCCGACCUGCCGCGACGAGGCCUGGCCUCCGAAGCUGUCAACACGCCGAAACCAACCUUGACCUCCACCGCCCCUCACCCGGCUUCACUGCCCCUAACCGUGUCCAAUGUCGGAGAGCUAUGAUGUCGGUACCAGAGCGUGGCAGCCCGACCCGAUUGAGGGCUGGGUUGCGUCCGAGGUUACCAAGAAGACAGUAGAAGGGUCAAAAGUCGUGCUCGAGUUCACGCUCGAAAAUGGCGAGACCAAGACACUGGAGGUCUCUCUCGAGGCCCUCCAGUCCGGAAACGACCCGUCGCUGCCACCGUUGAUGAAUCCCACAAUGCUCGAAGCCAGCGAUGACCUGACCAACCUCUCCCAUCUUAACGAGCCUGCCGUCCUGCAGGCUAUCCGCCUCCGAUAUGCCCAGAAAGAGAUCUACACGUACUCCGGCAUCGUGUUGAUAGCAACCAAUCCCUUCGCUCGGGUCGACUCUCUCUACGUCCCGGGCAUGGUUCAAGUCUAUGCCGGGAAGCAAAGAGCGACGCAAGCCCCGCAUCUUUUUGCCAUUGCGGAAGAGGCCUUCAUGGACAUGUUGCGAGAUGGGAAGAACCAAACCAUUGUCGUGUCCGGCGAGUCCGGCGCCGGCAAGACCGUCAGCGCCAAGUACAUUAUGAGAUACUUCGCGACUCGAGAAUCGCCCGACAGCCCAGGGUCGAGGGCGAAGAAGGGGCCUGAGGCCAUGAGCAAGACGGAGGAGGCUAUUCUCGCGACCAACCCGAUCAUGGAAGCGUUCGGCAAUGCGAAAACCACGAGAAACGACAACUCUUCACGUUUCGGCAAGUACAUUGAAAUCAUGUUCGACAAGGGCACAAACAUUAUUGGUGCGAAGAUUCGGACGUACUUGCUCGAGCGGUCAAGAUUGGUCUUUCAGCCUCUUAAGGAGAGGAAUUACCACAUCUUUUACCAGCUGGUGGCCGGUGUGUCGGACAGGGAACGCCAGGAGCUGGGCCUACUGCCGGUCGAGCAGUUUGAGUAUCUCAACCAGGGCAACACCCCAACCAUUGAUGGCGUUGACGACAAAGCCGAGUUUGUUGCCACCAAGCAGUCGCUCAAGACGAUUGGUGUCAGCGAAGCGGACCAGGCUGAGAUUUUCAAGCUGCUCGCAGGUCUGCUGCACCUGGGCAACAUCAAGAUCGGCGCGUCUCGCAAUGACAGCGUGCUCUCUGCGACUGAGCCGUCUCUGGUGAAGGCUUGCGAUAUUCUCGGCAUCGACGCCCCUGAAUUCGCCAAAUGGAUUGUCAAGAAGCAGCUCAUCACGCGCGGAGAGAAGAUCACGUCCAAUCUCACGCAGGCGCAGGCCAUUGUCGUCAGGGACUCCGUUGCCAAGUUCAUCUACUCCAGCCUCUUUGACUGGUUGGUGGAGAUCAUCAACCGGAGUCUUGCAACGGAGGAUGUGCUCAACCGGGUGCACUCGUUCAUUGGUGUCCUUGACAUUUACGGUUUCGAGCACUUCGCCAAGAACUCGUUUGAGCAGUUCUGCAUCAACUACGCCAACGAGAAGCUGCAGCAGGAGUUCAACCAGCACGUCUUCAAGCUCGAACAGGAAGAGUAUCUCAGGGAACAAAUCGACUGGACCUUCAUUGACUUUGCCGACAACCAGCCCUGCAUCGACCUUAUCGAGGGCAAGCUCGGCAUUCUCUCGCUGUUGGACGAGGAGUCGAGGCUGCCUAUGGGCUCCGACGAGCAGUUCGUGACGAAGCUGCACCACAACUUUGGCUCCGACAAGCACAAGUUCUACAAGAAGCCCCGGUUUGGCAAGUCCUCGUUCACCGUCUGCCACUAUGCCAUCGACGUCACCUACGAGUCGGAGGGCUUCAUCGAGAAGAACCGUGAUACGGUUCCGGACGAGCACAUGGCGGUCCUCAGGGCCUCCACCAACAAGUUCCUUGGUGCGGUGCUGGAUGCGGCUUCGGCGGUGCGGGAGAAGGACGUCGCCUCGGCGAGCUCUAACGCCGUGAAGCCAGCUGCGGGACGGAAGAUCGGUGUCGCUGUUAACCGCAAGCCGACACUCGGUGGCAUCUUCAAGUCCUCGCUGAUCGAGCUCAUGAACACCAUCAACAGCACCGACGUGCACUACAUCCGGUGUAUCAAGCCCAACGAGGCCAAGGAGGCGUGGAAGUUCGAGGGCCCGAUGGUGUUGAACCAGCUCCGGGCCUGCGGUGUGUUGGAAACGGUCCGCAUUAGCUGUGCGGGCUACCCCACGAGAUGGACGUAUGAGGAAUUUGCCCUGCGCUACUACAUGCUCGUGCCCUCGUCGCAGUGGACUUCGGAGAUCAGGCAGAUGGCGAAUGCCAUCCUGACCAAGGCCCUCGGCACCAGCAAGGGCAAGGGCCUGGACAAGUACCAGCUGGGUCUGACAAAGAUCUUCUUCAGGGCCGGCAUGCUGGCCUUCCUCGAGAACCUCCGGACCAACAGGCUGAACGAGUGCGCGAUCAUGAUCCAGAAGAACCUGAGGGCCAAGUACUACCGAAAGAAGUACCUAGCCGCCCGGAACUCCAUCAUCGCAUUCCAGGCCGCGGUACGAGCCCAGAAGGCUCGGAAGCAGGCGCAGGAGAUGCGGACGAUCAAGGCCGCAACCACCAUCCAGAGGGUGUGGCGUGGUCAGAAGCAGAGGAAGCAGUUCUUGCGCAUCAGGAACGACGUUAUCCGCGCCCAGGCCGCCUUCAAGGGCUAUCUGCGGCGCAAGGAGAUCAUGGAGACCCGGAUGGGCAAUGCUGCGCUCAUCAUCCAGCGGAGCUGGCGGUCGAGGAGGGCACUCCGGGCGUGGAGGAACUACCGCCGGAAGGUUAUCAUCGUGCAGAGCCUAUGGCGCGGCAGGCGCGCUCGCAAGGAGUACAAGGUCAUCCGCGCCGAGGCGCGCGAUCUCAAGCAGAUCUCCUACAAGCUGGAGAACAAGGUGGUCGAGUUGACCCAGUCGCUGGGCACCAUGAAGGCGCAGAACAAGGAGCUCAAGACCCAGGUAGAGAACUACGAAGGCCAGGUCGCCAUAUGGAGGAACCGGCACAACGCUCUCGAGGCCCGGGCAAAGGAGCUGCAGACCGAGGCCAACCAGGCCGGCAUCGCUGCUGCCCGUCUCGAGGCCAUGGAGGCCGAGAUGAAGAAGCUGCAAGCGAACUUCGAGGAGUCGGUGGCCAACGUCAAGAGGAUGCAGGACGAAGAGCGGCAGCUCCGGGACUCUCUGCGUGCUACGAGCUCGGAACUCGAGGCUGCGCGUCAGGAGAGCCAGCGCCACGAGGCCGAGAAGAACUCGCUCCGGCAACAGUUGCUCGAGCUUCAGGAAGCGCUCGAGCAGGCCAGGCGGAACGCCCCCGUCAACGGCGAGCUCAUCAACGGCCACACGCCCGCCACUGCCCCGUCCGGCCUCAUCAACUUGGUGUCGGCUAAGAAGCCCAAGCGGCGCAGCGCGGGGGCCGAGGUCCGUGAACUGGAUAGGUACAGCAUGGCCUACAACCCCCGUCCCGUGUCCAUGGCUGUGCCCGGCAUGAGCAGCCAGACCACGCUGUCCGGCUCGACGUUCAUCCCUGGCGUGGACAACAUCGAGCUGGAGCUCGAGGCCCUGCUCUCCGACGAGCAGGGCCUCAACGAGGAGGUUACCAUGGGUCUCAUCCGCAACUUGAAGAUCCCCUCGCCGGCCAGCAACCCGCCGCCAUCGGACAAGGAGGUCCUGUUCCCGUCGUACCUCAUCAACUUGGUCACGUCGGAAAUGUGGAACAACGGGUUCGUCAAGGAGUCGGAGCGCUUCCUCGCCAACGUCAUGCAGUCGAUCCAGCAAGAGGUCAUGCAGCAGGAGGGCGAUGAGGCCAUCAACCCCGGCGCCUUCUGGCUCUCCAACGUUCAUGAGAUGCUCUCGUUCGUCUUCCUGGCCGAGGACUGGUAUGAGGCUCAGAAGUCGGACAACUACGAGUACGACCGCCUGCUCGAGAUCGUCAAGCACGACCUUGAGAGCCUCGAAUUCAACAUCUACCACACGUGGAUGAAGGUGCUCAAGCGGAAGCUGAACAAGAUGAUCAUCCCGGCCAUCAUCGAGUCGCAGUCGCUCCCGGGCUUUGUCACGAACGAGAACAACAGGUUCCUCGGCAAGCUCCUGCCGGGCAGCAACCAGCCGGCGUACAGCAUGGAUAACCUGCUCUCGAUGCUCAACAGCGUCUUCCGCGCCAUGAAGGCCUACUACCUCGAGGACUCAAUCAUCACGCAGACAAUCACGGAGCUGCUCCGUCUGGUGGGCGUGACCGCCUUCAACGACUUGCUCAUGCGCCGGAACUUCCUCUCGUGGAAGCGUGGCCUGCAGAUCAACUACAACAUCACCCGUAUCGAGGAGUGGUGCAAGAGCCACGACAUGCCGGAGGGCACCCUCCAGCUUGAGCACCUGAUGCAAGCGACGAAGCUUUUGCAGCUCAAGAAGGCGACGCUGAACGAUAUCGAGAUUAUCCAGGACAUCUGCUGGAUGCUCUCGCCCAACCAGAUUCAGAAACUGUUGAACCAGUACCUUGUGGCCGACUACGAGCAGCCCAUCAAUGGCGAGAUCAUGAAGGCGGUCGCCUCGCGUGUGACGGAGAAGAGCGAUGUCCUGCUCCUUCCGGCUGUCGAUAUGGACGACAGCGGACCGUACGAGAUCGCCGAGCCCAGGGUGAUCACCGCCCUGGAGACUUACACCCCAUCCUGGCUCCAAACCCCGCGGCUGAAGCGUCUCGCGGAGAUUGUCUCGCAGCAGGCCAUCGCCCAGCAAGAGAAGCUCGAGUACGGCUCCCAGGCCGGCGAGGGCGACGAGGACGAGGAGUACGAAGGCCAGAGCACAAACGACACGACCGUGGUCGACCAGGACGAGCAGCAGCAGCGACCCGCGUCGGUCGUGGCGGGCGCCGCCUAGGCGGCGGCGGCUGUCGUCGCGCAACCCGGCCCGCGCUCGCUCUUGCCUGCCGGUGUGCGGCCGCUGUCGCUCCCGAGACAGGGGCCCGCUUCGGUGCUGCUCGGUCCGUGGAAAGAUGGGGGCGGCGGUGGUAAUGACCGGGGUGAGGAAGAUCCCAUUGCGAUGGGAUACCGGUUGGUGAGAAACAGGAGUGGGAGUGAAAGUGAGUGAGCAGCGCAGAAGCAAGCAGUUGACAGCCAACAACAGGUGGUUGGUUGUAUCUGCGGGAAGGUACUUUGGAAC